AUGCACAGUAUUCCCCAGCGUCCAUCUACACCCUACCCAUUCCAGAACUCUACUCCAGCCCGCUUGAAUCCUCAUUGUAAUGUUAGUGGUCAUCCCAUCCCUGUUUCUCCCCCUACUCCUGUUGUUGGGCGUGGGGUUGCCGUUCAUGGUGGCCGCAGCGCCCGCGGAAGUUGCAGCAGUUGUGGAGGACGUGGUGGUUGGGGUAGCCGUUGUUUGCUUCGUGGUCAUCCCACCCACUCUUACCGCCCGCCGUUUCGUCGAGGUGGUUAUGUUCCUGGUGACAAGAAUAUCAUGUCGAAAAACGGGGCUAUCAUUGAGGCUAUGCCCCAACUCCCCCCUGUUUUUGCGAGUCACCCUCGCACUGCUACUACUAGCGGAAGCUUCAUCACUCCCCUCUUUCCUAGUCGCUCCGCUUCUGUUUACUCGGCAAGUUCCGCCGCCACUGCGGAAGACUUCUUGACUCCUCAAGUCCGCCUUCCGUCUCUGAAUCCUCCUGGUUUUUAUGAUCCUGCCGACUUUCAUUGCUUGACCCAAGACCAAGUUAUAUCCCUUUUAGAUCGUCAAUCUGCUCCAGAACUGUUUGAUUGA